GCAAAGUCUACUUUCAAGAUUGCUAUAAAUGUAAAACUUUCCCUUAACUUAGUGCUGGUAGGGCAGGCAUUAAAGAUCAGAACAUGAGAGCCAUCGUUCACAGUGGUGUGUUUGCGGCCCUGCUGCUGUCCGUGACCUGGGCUGCUCCACAGGGCGACCACGACGCCCAUCUCCAUCAUGGACCAGACGAGCCUCAUCCACAGCACGAGGAGAAACUUGUACUUAAAGAACCCAAUGCAGAAUUUGGCUUUAAUCUGUACAAGAAACUGAGUGCCAUGCCCGAGUACCAGUCGAAGAACAUCUUCUUCUCGCCAUUCAGUAUUUCCAUGGCUCUGUCCAUGCUGGCCCUUGGGGCGAAGGGUGACACCUUCUCCGAGAUCUACAAGGCUCUUGGCUACGAAGAAAUGACCCCCGAGACGGUCAACGUGGCCUACGAGCACAUCACACACAUGCUGGGCAAGCAGAAAGAAAUUACGCUGGAUGCAAGCAAUGCUGUUGCCGUUAUGCAGGGGGCAAAGAUCGUCGACAAGUUCUUGGAGGAUGCCAAGCACUAUUUUGACAGUGAGGCACUCUCCGUUGAUUUCUCCAAACCAGAUGUCGCCAAGGAGGAGAUCAACAAGUACAUUGCAGAACACACCAACAACACGAUCGCUGACAUGGUGAAGGAGGUCGAUCCUGCCACCCUUGUCAUGCUCAUUAACUGUGUCUACUUCAAAGGGCUAUGGCAGAGAAUGUUUAACGAGCGGUCAACGGUAAAAGACGACUUCUUGGUGGAUGAAAACACGAAGGUAUCUGUAGAUAUGAUGCACAAACAGGGCUACUAUGAGUACUACGAAGACAAGGACAACUUCACCACUGUGCUGAGGAUUCCAUACAAGGGCGACGCCUCCAUGAUCAUCGUGCUGCCCGACGAGGGCAAGAUGAAAGAGGUGGAGGACAGCAUCUGCCGCCACCAUCUGAGGCACUGGAUGUCAGCAGCGAGAGGAGGCUCUGUGAAAAUUGAAAUGCCAAAGUACUCUACCUCAGGCAAAUUUUCAUUGAAAGACACCUUGGAGGCAAUGGGAGUUGUCAGUGCUUUCUCUGACACAGCAGAUCUUUCUGGCAUGACGGGAGAAAAAGUUAAAGUAUCGAAGGUGGAACAUCAAGCAGUUCUCAACGUGAAUGAGAAGGGAACCGAAGCAGCCGCCGCCACAACAGUAGAGAUUGUCCUGAUGUCUGCACCUGUCCAACCCAAGCUCAUCAAAAUCAACAGGCCCUUUUUAGUUUUCAUUGUUGAAUAUACCACUAAAUCUAUUUUAUUCAUGGGCAAGAUUACAAAUCCUACAGCCUGAUAAAGAAGGAAAAUAAAUUGAUGUACCCCGAUUUUUAGAUGGUUUACAUGUGUAUGUAAUAAAAGUCACGUUGAUCACCAACCAUGAA